AUGGGGGCCGCCGUAGCCGACGGAGAGCUGUCGAGGUCCGCCAUCGUGUCGGACAGGGCGAGAGGGCGCCAUCUUCUCACGAUCCACGGCUACUCCGAUACCAGAAUCACCGCUCCCACCGGAAAGUGCGUCAAAUCCAGACCCUUCACCAUCGGCGGCCAUCGCUGGCGCAUCGGGUACUACCCCAACGGCCUCAGCUCGGCGGUCGAGGAUUACGUAUCCCUCUCGCUGGUGCUAGACGAAGAUGUCGCGGUGGUUGUGAAGGCCCAUUUCGCUUUCUGCCUCGCCGGCGACAGGGACGAGUGCGAGGAGGAGUUGUGGCAGGAGUUGAGCCUCACAUGGUCAUCGGUGAAGGACUUCGCUUCCUGGAGCGGCUGGGAGCACCCGAAGUUCAUCAAAAGUUGCGACCUGCGGAGCUCCAAGCAUCUCAGGAACGAUUCCUUCAUCAUCCGGUGCGACAUCAUCGUCUUCCAUGAUUGCCGCGCGGUGGAUGACGCGGCGGCCUUCGUCUCCGUGCCCCCAUGCGACCUGCGUAAGAUCGUCUGCACACAUCGGUGCGUGCUCGCUGCCCGCUCUCCGGUGUUUGCCGCCGAGCUCUUCGGACCCAUGAAGGAGGGCAAUGUCGAAGGUGUCGUUCGCGUAGAAGACAUUGAGCCAGAUCUGUUCAAGGCUUUGCUUCAUUUCUCAUACACCGGCGCAUUGCCAGAGACGAGCAACAAGAAGGAAGACGAAUACACUGUGUACCAGCACCUGCUCGUUGCGGCGGACAGGUACGACAUGGGGCGGCUGAAGCUGAUCUGCGAGGAGAAGCUGUGCAACUACAUUGAGGUCAGCACUGUGGCGAACAUCUUGGCGCUAGCCGAGCAGCACCGCUGUGAGGGGCUGAAGAAGGCAUGCCUAGAAUUUCUCACUGCUCCGAAUAAUGUGAGGGCUCUCGUAGCCACGGACGGCUUCAAGCAUCUGAGCACGAGCUGCCCUUCUAUUAUGGUUGCGCUCAUGGCCAUGUUGCGUAUUAGUUGA